UAUUUAUUUCUGAAGUCUUUCUAUCAGUAGGACUUCUAUUGUUAAAGCAUCUCAUCGGUGAGGAGCACUGAGAGGAUCCAGGGGUAAGAACAGGAUAGGAUUGAUGCAACUAAGCAAAAGGAUUAUUUUCACAUCUGGCAAAACACGUAACCAUGUUUGUAUAGCUAAGAAGAAUGAUCUUGCCGAAGCCCAUAGGACUAUAUGGAGGGAUACCUGAGAACGGCUGAAGUGCUGCACAAAAUUGAGCCUUAUUCUAGCUGCCGUAUACCUUCAGCACUUAGAAGGAAUGGAUGUGAACUUAGUCACUGUUUUGGCUAUUCUAACAGUUGUGGUCAGCCAGACAUCUGAGAUACGCUACCGAAGACAGAAAAGGAAAGGACAACAGGGAAAUAAUCCAGCUUUGUUUCCUGGGGCCUUUAGCUGUUGCACGAAAAUUUCAGAUGAAAUUCCCAAAGGAAUUCUCCAAAGAGUGGAGAAGUUUGACAUCCAGAAAGCUGAUGGCCUGUGUCACUUAGAAGCUGUUAUUCUCUACAUAGAAGGCAGAAAGUUCUGUGUAAGCCCACAGAUUAGAAAAGUUAAGAAGUGGAUGAAGAAGAAGAGGUUCAAGAUUCACAGAAAAAAUGGUAGAAGACAAAGAAGAAACAAAAUAAAAAGAAAGAGAAGAAAGUCACACAGUGAAGCAAGCCCCAUGAUGCAGACACCUGUGGACUACGGCACUAUGUACAAAGAUAGCAGAAUUCGUCAAUGAUGGGUGAUUGUAGCACUAAAAUGACCUUUCAAAUAUCCAGCGUCUAAGGGAAAACGGUGUUAGAAAACAUCACCUGAACACAAGAAUCUUGCUGAUCAGAAUACCAGCAAAAUGACAAGGUUUUUUUGACAAUGUCUUCUAGUAAGUGCUCUGCUGUAUCUCUUAGAUCUACAAUAGACUUAAAUUCUCCUUUCCCCUAUCUGGCUUUCAUGGCUACCUACCCUGUAAUUUCUGCUUUAACAUCCCAUUAGACAGUUCCUUCUCCUUGUUCCAUCUUUCCCAGUCCCAUCCUUUGUCCCUUUCUGUCCUGUUGUUCUCUGUUUGCAAUCAUGUUUCUGCAAUACCUUUGUACUUUUGUCUGUUUUGUUUUCUCCCAGUCAUGAACUUGGAUUUUUUUUCUGACAUAACCUUACAGAUAUCUGGUUGCUAGUUCAGUUGAAGCUGGCAAAAAGCAAGAUUUCUUUUUGCUAUUCCAAACGCUUUGCUUUCAGCUGUUAUUAUCACUGGAAAUAUUUCGCUGUUCUUCAGACUUGAAGUGUGGUAUCCAAAACUAUGCAACAAAAUAAUCUCCAUUGCUUUUGCUCAUUUCUUUCCCCAUUCAAAUCCUUUGACUGCAUCCUUCCUACCCUCUUUCCUGAAUUUCUUGUAAUUACCAUUGAGGGUUGCCCAUCAGGGCCUUCCUUUGGGGAUUGCUAAUGAUGCCAAUCUGGCUACCCACUCCAUAGCCUUCCUCUCACUGCACUUCACUGUCUUCCACUGUACGGCAUAGUCUCCAGUUCCCUCCCUCCUUCCUUGAAAUGUUUGAAACUAAUUUAAUAUUCCCACAAAGCCAUCUCAGUCAAAGGCACUUUUCCCUCAGAGAAGCACACAUGGAAAGUAACAAAUAGGAGAAAAGAGAGAUCUUAAAAAGAGUUAAAUGCCAUAGAAUGCAUACUCAAAAUAUUUUCCUGGUGAGCCAAAAAUACUUAACACAGGAGCAUAAUCCUCCUCUUCCUCCUCUUCCCCUGUUAUUUACUGUUUGUUAUUCUCAUUCAUUGCAUUUGAUUUAAAUUAGCUCCUGAGAGGUGUUACUUGUGUUUGUUUUGUAAUUUUUAAGUCUUAACUGUAUAAUGGAAAAAUAAGAAAAGGCACAGCAGGUGACAGUAGAUAAAAGUAGCUCCUAAUAGGUUCCCAAACGAAAAUAAAGGUGAACAUCUAGCAAGGUCAUUAGAGGAUAGGUAUGAUCCCACAGAUACACAUCUGAUGAAAGAAACUGACUCCUCCCAAACAGAAAUGUGAUUAUCACUUCUGAAGAGCCAACAGUAUCCUAACAGGCAUGAGGCAACUCAUCUAACUGUUCUUCCAGUUUCUACAGAAUACUGUGUACACUAUACACAUUUGCAUAGCCCCAUCCUCUGCCUGCUAAAAUGACAGGUAGAAACUCCUCUGCCAGGAGCAGAAGUCAUGAUUAUUCUCUUCAAUUGUGAACAUGUGCAGAAGCUCUUCCUCCUGAAUGCCUGUUACACCAUGCUGGGGAAGUGGACAAAGUGCCUCUGACUGAUGCAAACUGAAAUUUGUUGCAUACAUUUUCCAUCAUUUCAUUUGCAUUCUGAUACUACACUUCUUAGGUACCACAGUGAUACAGUGCAUGUGUAUUAGAAAGAAUCCAAUCCUAAUGGGCCCAGGUCAACUGCUAAGUUGCUCAAAUGUAUUAUGCUGUAUUUGUCACUAUCUCACUGUUUCUGGCAGUCCUGUUUCUUUUGUUCCUCAUGCCCUGCUACUGAUUCCAAAUUUUAACUUUGCGCUUCCCUCUUGAGUCAGAUAUCUUGGGGUGGAUUAAUGAUGACAUUUCAGUGCCUCAUAGUUUUCCCAUCAAUCCAACCACUGCCCUUUUCCAGCAAAGGAUUGAGUGUACCCUCAUUUCCAUGCCUGUUCUAUCAGAGAUGUCCAUCAUAUCACAGUAUUAAAGCUAACUUUCCAGGCUGGUGUAAGCAUGUCUGAGCCCCCUGUGAGACAUUUGACUUUCACUUACAGAAGUGUUAAGAAUUGUUAAGUAUCCCCAUAUGGUAGAGGCAAAUCAAGAAAGUUUGGGAGAAUGAAGAAAGAAGGGUGCAAAGUCAAGCUGACAGGAAAAAAAGGAGCAUAAAUAAGGAUAAGAAAAAGUGAAAUUGUGGUUCCAGAUGAGACAACAGCAGCAGCUGCGAUCAAGGGCGAGACCUCUUGGAAUACUCAGUCUGUUACAAAAAGGGAUGUCUCUAAUUUCAAGUAGGGGCUGCUGGGAAGCUACAUAACGUUCUGGCUUGCAGACGUGUACUCUGCCGGUUGAAAGAAUGCAUACAGCUCACAUUUAUUUCUCUAGUUUGGAAUAUCAUCUGCUUCCUAGUGGUCACCGAUUUUUAUAGUCAGCUGUCUUCCCUCCCUCCCUGCCAAAUCCAAGGUUCCUAGGUGCUCAAAAAUUACUAUUUCAUAUUUGAAAUUAGAGCACUGCUGCAGUUCUUCCUCUUAUGCAUACUGUAUAAAAGAAACAAACUAAUCGAAAUGUAUUUUAUAGUUUUCUAAUAACUGGAAUUGCUACAAGACAUGAGCAUUGUCAAUGUCACUAAUAUGAUAAGAAGACUCAGCCAGAUAUGCAACUCAAAUACUACUAAAAUACUUGCAUUUCCUGGGCCAAAUUUAAAAGACAGGCUUUGAUGGUUUCAUUUACAUCUUCAGGUUCCUCAGAGCAUAUGUUAUCUCAGAAUAGGUUCUCCUGGGUUCAGUAGAUCAAACUGAGAUUAUCAGAAGAUAGAAGUCAUCUCCCACCUGCCAAGUGUGUUUCUAAUUUGGAUUCAUAUGCAUUUUGGUGGGAAUGGAGUUAGAAAUAACUUCUGUUAGUCAUCUAAUAAACCUUCUUCCCCAGUGUUGGUUUCUGAAGUAUCAAAACAGCCCUUAAAGAUCUAACGCAUGGUACCGUUUCAAUUAUUCCUGAACACUGACACACAAAUACAUAAAACAUUCCAGUGUAGUGAAUUAUAAAUAUUAGUGUGAUCUCUUUGACUGCAAUACUGUGUAAGAUUUUCAGUCAAUUCUUAAAGUAAGUCUAUACUCAUGUGGUUCUCAGUAAAAAACAAACUUUAUUUGACUUAAGUGACCUCACACUCUUUGUACCUUAACGUUAUUUUUGACCUUUGCUAUUUGUGUACGUGGAAAAAAAUAAAAUCAAUAUUUUUUCCACUAGA